AUGGCGUGCAGCAGAGCGGUAGGGGUUGCCUUGUUGGCUUUGUUUCUUGUGGACUUCGCCUUUGCUGCCCGAUCGCCGAGAGGAGCUUUCGGUGAAGGAGGAGGCGGGGGAGGUGGUGGAGGAGGAGGAGGACUAUUUCUGGGUUCGGGUUACGGCUCUGGUUUUGGGUCGGGUGGAGGCGAAGGAUACGGUGAGGGAGAUGGCGAUGGAGUGUUCGGUAGAGGCGGCGGUGGAGGAAGCGGUGGUGGAGGUGGAGGUGGUGGUGGGACUGGAUCCAGUUCCGGAUUCGGAUCAGGGAGCGGCUCAGGGUUUGGAAGAGGAAGCGGGGGCGGAGGUGGCGGGGGUAGAGGAGGAGGGGGAGGCGGAGGCGGAGGCUCCGGAGGUGGAAAUGGAUCAGGCUACGGCUCGGGAUACGGUAGCGGAAGCGGAUUUGGAAGUGGGAGCGGUAGAGGAGGUGGAGGAGGAGGAGGAAGAGGAGGAGGCGGGGGCGGGGGCAGGGGCAGAGGCGGAGGUUCCACUGGGAGUGGCUCCGGGUAUGGUUCAAGAUACGGGUCGGGCUAUGGCUCCGGACGCAGAGGAUGGAAAGAGAUUUCGCCGUGA